GGCGCCAUGAACCGCGCCAAGGCCCCCGCCGUGCGCAGGCCCAGCGCUGCGGCCAAGACUUCAGGGCACCCUCCACCUGGAGACUUCAUUGCUCUGGGCUCAAAGGGUCAGGCCAGUGACUCGAAGACCUCGUCUGCCCUGCUGAAGCCUGCGCCCUCCGGCCUGCCUUCCGAGCGCAAGAGGGAUGCUGCGGCUGCUGCCCUGGCUGGAGCCUCGGCCCUGCCCAGCCUUACCAAACGCCCCAAACUGCCCGCCACGCCCCCUCUGAGUGCUCUGGGGCGCCUGGCUGAGGCUGCGGUGGCAGAAAAACGCGCUAUCUCUCCAUCUAUUAAAGAGCCGUCUGUGGUCCCUAUUGAAGUUCCUCCCCCAGCGCUGCUGGACGAGAUCGAGGCUGCCGAGCUGGAGGGCAACGACGACAGGAUCGAGGGAGUGCUGUGUGGGGCUGUGAAGCAGCUGAAGGUCACGAGGGCCAAGCCCGACAGCACCCUUUACCUGAGCCUCAUGUACCUGGCUAAGAUCAAGCCCAACAUCUUCGCCACAGAAGGUGUCAUCGAGGCCCUUUGCAGCCUUCUGCGGCGGGACGCCUCCAUCAACUACAAGGCCAAGGGGAACAGCUUGGUGUCUGUGCUGGCUUGCAACCUCCUCAUGGCUGCGUAUGAGGAGGACGAGAACUGGCCCGAGAUCUUUGUCAAGGUGUAUAUCGAAGACUCCCUGGGGGAGCGGAUCUGGGUGGACAGCCCGCACUGCAGAGCGUUCGUGGACAACAUCCAGACGGCGUUUAACACCAGGAUGCCUCCUAAGAGCAUGCUCCUGCAGGGCGAGGCAGGGCGCAGCGGAGGGGACCUCAGUGCUGGGAGCAGCCCUCACCCCUCCCUCACUGAGGAGGAGGACAGCCAGACAGAGCUCCUGAUUGCCGAGGAGAAGCUGAGCCCCGAGCAGGAAGGGCAGCUCAUGCCCAGGUAUGAGGACCUCACGGAGAGCGUGGAGGAGUACGUUCUGGAUAUGCUGCGGGACCAGCUCAACAGGCGCCAGCCCAUCGACAGCGUCUCGAGGAACCUCCUGCGGCUCCUCACCUCCACCUGUGGGUACAAGGAAGUGCGGCUGAUGACGGUGCAGAAGCUAGAGAUGUGGCUGCAGAACCCUAAGCUGACCCGGCCGGCCCAGGACCUGCUCAUGUCCGUGUGCAUGAACUGCAACACGCACGGCGCUGAGGACAUGGACGUCAUCUCCCACCUGAUCAAGAUCCGCCUCAAGCCCAAAGUGCUCCUCAACCACUACAUGCUCUGCAUCAGGGAGCUGUUGAAUGCGCACAAGGACAACCUGGGCACCACCAUCAAGUUCGUGAUUUUCAACGAGCUGUCCAACGCCCGGAACCCGAACAACAUGCAGAUCCUCUACACGGUGCUGCAGCACAGCUCGGAGCUGGCACCCAAGUUCCUGGCCAUGGUGUUCCAGGACCUGCUGACCAACAAGGACGACUACCUGCGGGCCUCUCGGGCCCUGCUGCGGGAGAUCAUCAAGCAGACCAAACACGAGAUCGACUUCCAGGCCUUCUGCCUCGGGCUCAUGCAGGAGCGCAAGGAGCCCCAGUACCUGGACAUGGAGUUCAGGGAGCGGUUCGUGGUGCACAUCACAGACGUGCUGGCCGUGGCCAUGAUGCUGGGCAUCACCGCCCAGGUGAAGGAGGCUGGCGUCGCCUGGGACAAAGGAGAAAAGAAGAACCUGGAGGCGCUGCGCUCCUUCCAGAACCAGAUCGCCGCCAUCCAGCGCGACGCCGUCUGGUGGCUGCACACCGUCGUCCCCUCCAUCAGCAAGCUGGCUCCCAAGGACUACGUGCACUGCCUCCACAAGGUGCUCUUCACAGAGCAGCCGGAGACCUACUACAAGUGGGACAACUGGCCGCCUGAGAGUGACCGCAACUUCUUCCUGCGCCUGUGCUCCGAGGUGCCCAUCCUGGAGGACACGCUGAUGCGCAUCCUGGUCAUCGGGCUGUCCCGUGAGCUCCCGCUUGGCCCUGCGGACGCCAUGGAACUGGCCGACCACCUGGUGAAGCGGGCGGCAGCUGUACAGGCGGACGAUGUGGAAGUGCUGAAGGUGGAGAGGGUCCAGCUGCUCGACGCUGUACUGAACCUGUGCACCUACCACCACCCGGAGAACAUCCAGCUGCCCCCCGGGUACCAGCCUCCCAACCUCGCCAUCUCCACACUCUACUGGAAGGCCUGGCCCCUCCUGUUGGUAGUUGCUGCGUUCAACCCAGAGAACAUCGGCCUGGCCGCCUGGGAGGAGUACCCCACGCUGAAGAUGCUCAUGGAGAUGGUGAUGACCAACAACUACUCCUACCCUCCGUGCACCCUGACGGAUGAGGAGACCCGCACCGAGAUGCUGAACCGGGAGCUGCAGAUCUCCCAGCGAGAGAAGCAGGAGAUUCUGGCAUUCGAGGGGCACCUGGCCGCCGCGUCCACCAAGCAGACCAUCACGGAGAGCAGCAGCCUCCUCCUGUCUCAGCUCACCAGCCUGGACCCCCAAGGGCCCCCCCGGAGGCCACCCCCUCACAUCCUGGACCAAGUGAAAAGCCUCAACCAGUCUCUCCGCCUUGGGCACCUGCUGUGUCGGAGCCGAAACCCAGACUUUCUGCUCAACAUCAUCCAGAGGCAGGCCUCGUCGCAGUCCAUGCCCUGGCUGGCCGACCUGGUGCAGGCCAGCGAGGGCUCCCUGGACGUGCUGCCCGUGCAGUGCCUGUGCGAGUUUCUGCUGCACGACGCUGCCGACGGCGCUGCCUCCGGGGGCGAGGAGGAGGAGGGCGGGAGCAAGGAGCAGAAGGCCAAGAAGCGGCAGAGACAGCAGAAGCAGCAGCAGCUACUGGGCCGCCUGCAGGACCUGCUGCUGGGCCCCAAGGCGGACGAGCAGACCACGUGCGAGGUGCUGGACUACUUCUUGCGGCGCCUCGGCUCCUCACAGGUGGCCUCCAGGGUGCUGGCCAUGAAGGGCCUGUCCCUGGUGCUGUCGGAGGGCAGCCUGCGAGAUGGGGAGGAGAAGGAGCCCCCGGCAGAGGAGGACUCGGGGGACACGGACGCUCUGCAGGGCUACCAGUGGCUGCUGCGCGACCUGCCCAGGCUGCCCCUGUUCCACAGCGUCAGCGCCUCCACCGCGCUGGCCCUGCAGCAGGCCAUCCACAUGGAGACCGACCCGCAGACCAUCAGCGCCUACCUGGUCUACCUGUCCCAGCACACACCCGUGGAGGAGCAGGGCCAGCACAGCGACCUGGCCCUGGUGCGGGACGUGGCCCGGCUCAUCGUGGAACGCUCCACCAUCAUGUCCCACCUGUUCUCCAAGCGCUCCUGCAGCGCCGAGUCGGACGCGGUGCUGGCCGCCCUGCUCUCCGUCUUCUCCCGCUACGUCAGGCGCAUGCGCAAGAGCAAGGAGGGGGAGGAGGUGUACAGCUGGUCGGAGUCCCAGGACCAGGUCUUCCUUCGCUGGACCAGUGGGGAGACGGCCACCAUGCAUAUCCUGGUGGUCCAUGCCAUGGUCAUCCUGCUGACGCUGGGGCCGCCCCGUGCCGGCGAUGACGAGUUCCAGGCUCUGCUAGACAUCUGGUUCCCGGAGAAGAAGCCCCUGCCCACAGCUUUUCUGGUGGACACGUCGGAGGAGGCACUACUUCUGCCUGACUGGCUGAAGCUGCGCAUGAUCCGCUCCGAGGUCCCGCGACUGGUGGAUGCAGCCCUGCAGGACCUGGAGCCCCAGCAGCUGCUGCUGUUCGUGCAGUCCUUCGGCAUCCCCGUGUCCAGCAUGAGCAAGCUCCUCCAGUACCUGGACCAGGCCGUGGCCCACGACCCCCAGACCCUGGAGCAGAACAUCAUGGACAAGAAUUACAUGGCCCACCUGGUCGAGGUCCAGCACGAGCGAGGGGCAUCCGGAGGCCAGACUUUCCACUCCCUGCUCACAGCCUCCCUGCCUCCCCGGCGAGAUAGUGCAGAGAUGCCCAAACCCAAAAGCAGCCCAGAGCCGCCUGCGGGCCAGGGCAGGGUCCGGGCCGUGACUCAGGUUCGGGUUCUUGGCCCCGAGGACGACCUGGCCAGCAUGUUGCUGCAGGUGUUCCCGCUGAACCCGGGCCCACGGUGGCAGAUCUCCAGCGCCCGCCCUGUCGCCCUGGUGCUGCAGCAGGCCCUGGGCCAGGAGCUGGCGCGAGUCCGCCAGGGGAGCCCCGAGGUGACGGGCGUUGCGGUGCGCCUGCUGCAGGCCAUGGCCACCCUCCUGAGCUCCCAGCACGGUAGGGCCCUGGUGGUGUCCAUGCAGCGGAGCCACUUCCUGGCCUGCCCUCUGCUGCGCCUGCUCUGCCAGUACCAGCGCUGUGUGCCCCAGGACACCGGCUUCUCGUCGCUGCUGCUCAAACUGUUCAUGCAGAUGCUGCAGUGGCUGGACAGCCCGGGUGCAGAGGCCGGGCCCCUGCAGGCCCAGCUCAAGCUGUUUGCUGCCCAGUACUCGUCACGGCGCAAGAUCAGCGAUGUGCGGAGUGGGUUCCUGCACCUGGCGGAGGCCCUGGCUUUUCGUGGGGACAUGGAGGUGGUCAGCUCUACCGUCCGGGCCCUUGUUGCCACCCUCAGGUCUGGGGAGAAGUGUGGCGUGGAGCCCGAGCUUGUUGGCAAAGUCCUGCGGGGUCUGAUCAAGCUGAGGUCGCCUCACCUGGAGGAGCUGCUGACUGCGUUCUUCUCUGCCGCCUCCGCCUUCCCGGCCUCCAGGCCCGUCGUGGUGGUGAGCUCCCUGCUGCUGCAGGAGGAGGAGGGGCCCCUGGCCGCGGGGAAGCAGGACGCCGACAGCAGCGGCCUGGAGGCCGUGCGGCUGGGGCCCUGCUCGGGGCUGCUGGUGGACUGGCUGGAGCUGCUGGACCCUGAGGUGAUCAGCAGCUGCCCUGACCUGCAGCAGAGGCUCCUGUUCUCCCAGAGCAAGGGCAAAGGUCAGCCCGGUCCCCAGGUGCCCUCUUUCCGGCCCUACCUCCUGGCUCUCCUCACACAUCAGUCCAACUGGUCCACGCUGCACCAGUGUAUCCGCGUCCUGCUGGGCAAGAACCGGGAGCACAGGUUCGACCCUUCGGCCUCCCUGGACUUCCUCUGGGCUUGCAUCCACGUGCCUCGGGUCUGGCAGGGGAGGGACCAGCGCACCCCGCAGAAGCGGCGGGAGGAGCUGGCGCUGCUCGUCCAGCCUUCUGAGCUCAUUGGCCUGGUGGAGCUGGUCCUGGCGGAGGCUGAGACCAGGGGCCAGGACGGGGACGCCUCGGCCUGUGGCCUCCUCCAGGCCCGGCUGCCCCUGCUGCUCAGCUGCUGCCGUGGAGACGACGACAGCAUCAGGAAGGUGACCGCGCACCUAACAGGCUGCAUCCAGCAGUGGGGUGACAGUGUGCUGGGCCAGCGCUGCCAGGACCUGCUCGUGCAGCUGUACCUGCAGCGGCCGGAGCUCCGCGUGCACGCGCCCGAGGUCCUGCUGCACAGCGUGGCUGCCACCGCCAGCAGCAUCUGCAAGCUGGACGUGCUCACACACCGCUUCAUCACCCUCCUGGCCGACACCAGCGACUCCCGGGCAUCCGAGAACCGUGUGGCCGACGCCAACAUGGCCUGUCGGAAGCUGGCUGUGGCUCAUCCCAUUCUGCUUCUCAGGCACCUGCCCAUGAUUGCUGCUCUCCUGCAUGGCCGGACCCACCUCAACUUCCAGGAGUUCCGGCAGCAGAACCACCUGACCUUCUUCCUGCACGUCCUGGGCGUGCUGGAGCUGCUCCAGCCGCAAGUGUUCCAGAGCGAGCACCAGGGGGCGCUGUGGGACUGCCUGCUCUCCUUCGUGCGCCUGCUUCUGAACUACAGGAAGUCCUCUCGCCACCUGGCCCCCUUCCUGAGUAAGUUCGUGCAGUUCACCCACAAGUACAUCGCCUGCAACGCCCCAGCAGCCGUGGCCUUCCUGCAGAAGCACUCGGACGCGCUCCACGAUCUGUCCUUCGACAGCAGUGACCUGGUGAUGCUCAAGUCCCUUCUCGCAGGGCUCAGCCUGCCCAGCAGGGACGGCAGAGCCGACCAAGGCCUGGACGAGGAGGGGGAGGACGAGAGCUCGGCGGGCUCCCUGCCCCUGGUCAGCGUCUCCCUCUUCACUCCUCUGACCGCGGCUGAAAUGGCCCCUUACAUGAAGAGGCUCUCCCGGGGCCAGACCGUGGAGGAUCUGCUGGAGGUCUUGAGCGACAUAGACGAGAUGUCCCGGCGGAGACCCGAGGUCCUGGGCUUCUUCUCGACUGACCUGCAGCGGCUCAUGAGCUCCGAGGAGGAGCCGUGCCGCAGCCUGGCCUUCAGCCUGGCCCUGCGCUCCAUCCAGAACAACCCCAGCAUCGCAGCCGACUUCUUGCCCACGUUCAUGUACUGCCUGGGCAGCCGGGACUUUGAGGUGGUACAGACGGCCCUCAGGAACCUGCCGGAGUACACCCUCCUCUGCCAAGAGCACGCGGCUGUGCUGCUGCACCGGGCCUUCCUGGUGGGCAUGUAUGGCCAGGUGGACACCAGCGCCCAGAUCUCCGAGGCCCUGAGGAUCCUGCACAUGGAGGCGGUGAUGUGAGCACCAGCCGACCGCGCACCGGCCAGGCCCUCGACGCAGCCCAGGGUCCCGGGCCCAGCACGGGAAGCCUCCGGUUCACUGGGGGUCUCCUGCAGGAGCGGGAGGGCCCCGAGUUGCCAAGGCUGGGCGGGGGAUGCAUUCGACCACAGCCAGUGCUCCAGACAGCAGCUGGGGAGGGGUCUGCCCCUCACUUCUUGCAGCCACAGGGACGGUGCCACGGCGAGGGCGGGUUCUGAAUGAAACAUUCCGAACUCACGUGCUGGCUGCUGGCGUGCUUGUCUCCCGAGAUGUCGGAGUGGAGCUCGUCUGCCAGGCUGCCAGCCUGCUCCUGGGUGGGCGUGUGGGUGACCUGGGUGUCCCCUGCCCGCUG